AACACAGAACACAACAAGACAUAGAAAAAAAGGACAUGAAUCAAAACCCAAAACCCAAAAACCAGAAACAAAGGACAACACAAACAGGAGUCAUGACAGAAGUAGACAACAGCAACUCAAACAUGUAUUUCGUAUCUGGUUUAACUCUCACAUGAGGAUUAAAUCAGCAGAAACUGUGACAUAUGUGUAUAUUUUCUUUGCAUUCUACAGUUACAUGUCCAGUACUUAAAACUAAAUGGUUGAAACUGGCUCUUUUACAGGACACAACCAGGCAGCUAACGGGUACAACAACCCCUCAGAUCCCAACACCUGCACCUCCAAGGUGGAACAGCUGAGUGAGAAGGAGAUCCCACAGCAGGAUCUGGCUGAACUUCUGGGUGUGACCCCUGAUGUCAACCCCUCUGAGGGGCCUGAGACCGACUCAGCUCAGCAGAAGCUGAGAGAUGUUCGCCUCAUACAAGCAUCAGUGUCCCAGCACCUCCCAAAGCCGCCGUCGGAUCUGGACCAGAACCUUCAGCAGCACCUGGUCAAUGUGCAGGACACUGUGCGCAGUGAGCUCAUGAGGUUGAGUCCCAGGUUGGAGAAAAUGGGUUUGACUGGAUCUCUGAUUGAUUGUUACCAUCAUCAGACACUUGAUCAUAUCUGUGAUCUAUUCAAGAAAGUCCAGUCCAGCCAGAAAAUGUUUGAGUUGAUGAACUGGGUCUUGCAUCCUUAUCUGAGUCAGGAUCUGCUCGUUCAUCCUGACCAUCAAGAAAAUGCUCCCAUAAAAAAAGGCGACUUCCCGCUGCCGACAGAAUUGGUGGCAAAAGCAGAGAAGCUACUACUUGAAAAUGUGCAGAAAGAGGUCAGAAAAUGUCUGGAUCAAAUCCUGCUGAUUCACACAAACCAAGACGAUGACAGUGAGGAGUCUUGCAUUGGACUUUACGUGGACAUUAUUCAGUUAGUCAAUGUCAUGCCUGAAGAAGCACAGGAAAUCAACUCAAAACUGUCUCAUGAUAUCCGAGAAGUUUGUUUCCAAGAGCUGAAGAUGUUUCUGGGGAGGUACACUGCUGAGCAGACUAAGAUUCUUGGGGAAAAAGCAAAAAAGGCCAUUCCAAAUCAGAUCCACUUCCUCAAGAUUCUGAAAACUUGUAAAGAAAUUAAGAAGCACGUCCAGACUAAAAGUGAAGGUAUUGAAGAUUCCCUUAUCCAGGAAAUUGUGGCAGCGCUUGAAAACAUGGAGGAUUUUACUUUGAAACUUCUGAUGGAAAUUGUUGCUGACAUGACAGAGAGCCGCCUUCAGAAUUACUUUACAACCAAGUACAAGAGAUUCUUCUUGAUAUCUGAUGUAGAGACACAUUUCGCUAAGGUGUCGUGGUGUCCGGACAUACAAAAGAGAGUGAUGGACGAGGCCUACAAGCUCAUUGCUCACACUUACCUCAAACAUCUCGUCCGAAGCAGCCAGAGGAAACUGAGAAAGUGCUGGAGUCCUGAUGUUGUACAAAAAGUCAUUGAAGAUGCAGAGCUUCUUCACAACACCAUCUCAAAACUGGUGAGAACAACAUUUUGGUAUCAUUCACUGGAAACAGAGUGCUUGUUCUUAUUUCUUGUUAAUGAUGUUUUGCCUCUCUUGCAUCAGGCCCCUGGUGUUGAACAGUGGAAGCUCCCAGAGCUGCUGGAGGAUGAAAACAUCGACGCAGUGAAGAUCACAGUUGCGACCAUGCAGCGUUCCCGCUACAGAGAGGAUGAGGAGCUCCUGUCCACACUGCUAGUAUGGAAGGGUCUCUCUAAAUCGCAGGCUAAGCAGGUGCUAGGUGCUCUUCCUGAACAUGAACCCAGGCAGACGAACUCUGUAUCAGAGUGCCGCCAUUUUUGAUGAGCUUCUCCACAGAGGAUCAACAGCAACAAGCAGAGAAGAGGACAGAGCUGAUUUUCCAAAAUGUUCACCCACUCAGUUUCUGCUUUCACUCUUUAAUCUAAAGAUAAAGAUAUGAUUUUAUAAGCUUUGAU